AUGGCAGACUUGGAGAGACACAAGGGUUUUAUGAAAUAUGCUUUGAAGCUGGCAAACAAUGCACUACACAACAACGAAGUCCCCGUCGCUUGUGUCUUUGUCUAUAAGAAUCAAGUCAUUAGUUAUGGUAUGAAUAAUACCAAUGAUUCCCUUUCUGGUAUAACACAUGCAGAGUUUAGAGGUAUAAAUAUUAUUUGGUCUAAAUUACAAUCAAUGACACCAACACCUGGUAUCGCUUUACAAGAUAUUUUCAAAGAAAUAGAUCUAUAUGUCACUGUGGAACCUUGUGUUAUGUGUGCUUCUGCUUUAAAACAAAUUGGUAUACGUAAUGUUUAUUUUGGUUGUGGUAAUGAAAGGUUUGGUGGGAAUGGUAGUUGUUUAAAGAUUAAUCAAGAUUCUACUACUUCGGAAAAUAAUUAUAAAUCUUAUCCUGGGAUCUAUAGGAAAGAAGCAAUCAUAUUGUUAAGAGAUUUUUAUACUCAUGAAAAUACAAAAGCUCCAGUACCAAAGGAGAAAAAAAAUCGAAUUUUGAAAAAAGAUGAAUUCCCUCCAUUGAUAUGGUCAAAUUAUAUAAAUGAAAUGGAUUUUAAAAACUUUUUUGGCGUGGAUAAGUUAUGGGCUUUUGAACAAAAUUUAGAUUUAGAUGAUGAAAUUAACAAUGAUAUAUUAGAUUCUCAAAAUAUUAAUAUUGAUGAUAUAAUAGAAUGGUCAAAUCAACCAUUACCUGGAUUAAACAAGAGAAGGAAAACAUAA